AUGGCCGAGAUAUUCGGCGAUACGGUAAAAGGUGGCAUCGCAUCUGCCUUGACGGGCGGAUCUGUCGCAGCUAGCGUUGCCGUCUUGAAGAACAAGCCGACCAACGCUUGGGCGAUACCGACAGCGAUCAGCUGCGGAGUGUUUGGUGGAUGUUUCUUUGGAGUACGGCAAAUAAUCCUGACUGGUACUACCGGUUUUCAUUCCAGACUAGUAACAGACAAGGACCGACUUUGUGCCAGUGGUGUAUCCGGCGCGCUCGUCGGGGGUUUCCUCAACGCAAUAUACCAAAAGAACGCACGAGCUGCCAUUCCCGCCGCAAUCGUCUACGGCCUAAUCGGCACCUCCGGCCAACUCACCAUUAACUUCGUCCAAUCCCUCCGCCGCUCCUACAUCCUCCACAAAAAAGUAGAGGCCGGAGAACUUGAACCAGAACUAGCCGCAGUCCUUCCCUCACAAGAGAAGAAAUGGUGGUCGUAUUCGCCGAUACGUCAGAUUACAUCGGAGGAUCAUCGGGUGAUUCUACAGGAGAAAUUGGUCAAUGUGGAUAUGCAGAUUGCGCAGGUCGAUGCGGAGUUGGAGCAUAUUAUGAAGCUUGAGGAGGACCGGAAUUAG